GGCAUCGUCGUUCUCCUGUGCAGCUGAAAAACGCUUAUUGUGGCCCCACUACGCCUGAUAGCCUCUGGUUUGCCGUGUCCGACGAGUCGCCGGGCCGUGAUGCUGUCUAUGUUUUUGAUCCUGGCUCCCCACUGGUUCGUGAGGCUUGGCUUAUUCAUCUUCGCGACAUACAGGCCAUGCAAGCAAAUCUACUUUUGGCCUUGCAGGACCCGAAGCGAUUUUCAACAGCCCUCCAGCCUCACCAUCAGCAACAUCAGCUUGUCAGGCUCUCUUCUUCCAUUGCCGCCCAUGAUAAAGUAGCUUCUGCUACAUCUCGGAAUGCUCUCAAUCGAUCAGCGUUGGCCACAAGCUGCGCGAUUGCCGCUUCUACCUGCAACGGCCCUUUGCGCACACAUCUGAUGUCAACGCCGGCCCUGGCAACUCAGCCAGCCAAGAUGCGACCUCGACUACAACAGGUGAUUGAUUCCUCAUCUCUUUCUUCAGUGCUGGGAUCAGCAGUUGAAAAACAUGCGAGUCUAACAUUGUCUGGUUUCUCUUUGAUACACGCUAAGGCGGUUCACCCAACGAAGACCAAUUCUUCCACUUCCGUCUCUGAGCUGAGUAAAACGAAGCGACUUAGUCGUAUUGCUCGGAUCUCGAUGGCCAGAUCACCAAUCCGACUUUGGAGCAUGAAACUGGACUCAGGGUCAUCUGCUAGCCAAAUA